AUGCCUAAUAUGGCAAGGGUUGAAUUAAGUUUCCAUGAACUUGGAUCUCAACUGUCUCGAGGUAACCAAUUCGACCUUUGGUUCGAUUCGGGUGGUGCAACCCGCUCUGCAAAAAUGAGACCAACUGUGAGACUCCAAAGACUUCAAAUGGAAAGCCGAAUCUUCCGAGACUCAACCAAAAGACCUAAAAUAAGAUACGUCAAGCGGAAUAAGUUUCCCUUUGAUUACGUUGGCUUGACAGGCUACACAAAUUGUACCACAACAACCGCACAACUACAGCUCCAGCUACAACUAGCAAUAGAAACAGUAACCAAAGAAAAUCAAACCAAGAUGAAGUCAAAGAUAGAACUUCCUUUUUGA